AUGGAGUUCUAUCUGUGUAAGGAUGAUCCAGUGAUCCAAUCUUGUCAGUCCAACAGGCUUGGCGACCCACUUCCAGCAGGUACUUUUACCUUUAGAGACAAUGAAAGACUUGAAAGAGGAAAAUCUAUUUCACCGGAGCUCUUAAAAGCAAUAGAAGAAUCAAGAUUUGCUAUUGUUAUUCUCUCAAAAACCUAUGCAUCUUCUACAUGGAGUUUGGAUGAACUUACAAAGAUCAUUCAAUGCAUGAAAGAGAAGGAAAUGACAGUUCUGCCUAUAUUUUACGAAGUGGACCCAUCUAAUGUACGAAAGCAUAUGGGAACUUUUGCACAAGCCUUUGCUAAGCAUAAAGAACAUUUGAAGGAGAACACAGAGAAGGUGCAAACUUGGCGAGCCACUUUGAGUGAAGUGCCAAUCUCUCCGGGUGGCAUUGGCAUUCACAAGAUAGGUAAUGUAACUUAA